AGAAAAUCAUGAAAAGAAAAGAACGAGUGCGAGAUAGGCUCUUAGACAUGACAAACACGUUGUGCUUACUCUAUUCGUUACAUCAUGGACUACACGCACAUUGACAUUCAAAAUUGGAAGGAAGGAUGAUUUGCGUUGAACUGAAAUAAGACGUUGCCGACAGAAUCUUAAAGAUGUGACUUAAGUGGCUGACUGUGAGCCUCUGUGUGUGAUGCUGCACUUUGGUAGUAUGCUAAUUGCGAGCGAGUGACGAUUAGGCGAGGGCAAAUCUCUCGCUUGAGUGGGACGAUAAUCCUGAUGAUUCGCGAUCAGCAAUGCACGAUAACUGACAAUCGCUUAAGAGGAGCAGGGGAUGGCGCACUUCUACGACCGACAGGUACACGUGAAAAACAGGCGCAGCCAAAAUCAAGCGGCGAUUUGAGAGGCUGACAACCACGAGUCUUGGAUGAAUGUGUCGAAGUGGCGAAAGAAACGUUUACUACGAUGGGUGGGUCGUGCUAGAUGCGACACCGCAUACGGAAAGUUGACGCGAAGCAUCGUUACUUGGCAGAGGAGGUGGUGAAAAGGAACAUCGCUCUUUCAGCCAGUAGAAAAAGUGUAGUGAUAAAAAACCUGCUCUUGCUGUUGCUCAGGGUGAAUCUUUGCGACGAGUCAUACAAAGUGCGACCGUCAUAGCAAGAUGAUUAGCAGCAUUAUCCUGCUCACCCAAAAAGGGGAAAUCCUGGUGCUCCGUGCAUACAAGGACAAUGUGACUCGUGUUGAGACGCAGCACUUCUGCGAACAAAUAGUGGCAGCCAAAGAACUGAAGGAGAAGCCCAUUCAUCAAAUUCGAGAUUGUUACUUUCUUCACGUAACGUCAGGAGAAGUGACGAUCGUUGCGACGACCAAAGACGACGUCAAUGUCGUCCUCAUAUUCAAGCUCCUUUACAAAAUCGUCGACUUACUCAAGUCCUACUUCGGCGGCGCGAACAUCACACUUACUGAAGCUCUCGUACUGAUUCUUCAGAAUUGAAUAAAUGGUUUCAUCACGAUCAUGCACCCUCUGAUCACCUUGACCUUGUUUGGGAGCCAGGUGACUUCUCAUAUCAAACUUUAAUAAUACUUGAUGAGAUCAUGCACAUCAUGCUGGAUAUAAUCUGAAAAUAACAAGCACGAUUGCGACUACGUACUUCCUGCCGAGCCACCCGAGACGUGCUGCUGUGUAUGUACGAAAGUUGUGUUACUUAUUUUCUUUCUCACCCAAAAAAAGUCUGAUUGAAAAACCUUCAGAUCCAUCGGCAUUUCGUAUUGAUCUACGAGCUAUUGGACGAAGUGCUAGAUUUCGGGUAUCCGCAGGUUAUGGAGGCGGAAGUCCUCAAGAAGUACAUUACGCAAGGCGGCCUUAAACCUGUAGACCUAAACGACGAAGAGAAUCUGAAGAAAAUUACUAUCCAAGCAACAGGAAACUGCAGCUGGCGGGCAGAAGGCAUAAAAUACAGGUAGUAUCAUGUAUGAGGCAAAGAUGUUGGACGACAACAUGCGGAUGCGGACACUAAACUUCAAUGUCUUCUGUCAGAUAUUUUCAAUUUUCCAACUAUUUUUUCCAUUUCUUUGCGGUUCGUGUCUAUGCCCUGCUGUGUCAAGUUGUGCGUUCUUUCGCUCUGUUUUGAGCCCACAUUUUCCCUCAACAUUUUCCCUCGUAAUUAAACGCGUAGCCUGCCUCUCCCAGGAAAAACGAAGUAUACAUAGACGUCAUCGAAAGCGUAAACGUGUUACUUAGCCAGAGCGGAACGCUAUUGCGCGCGGAUGUUUCGGGUCAGAUAAUGGUGAAGAGCCAGUUGUCGGGUAUGCCUGAGUGCAAAUUCGGAAUGAACGAUAAGUUACUGAUGCCCCACGAGAGCGCCGGCGUUGCGGGAGGUCGGGCGGCCGCCGCGCAGAAAGGAGGAAUUGUUAUCGACGACUGCCGCUUUCAUCAAUGCGUUCGGUUGUCAAAAUACGACCAGGAAAAGACGAUAACCUUUAUCCCGCCAGACGGAACGUUCGAAUUGAUGAGUUAUCGAAUCACAGAAAACAUCCAGCCGCCAUUCAGAAUUCUAUUAUGUUGAGUCAGUGAUACAAGUACCAAAACCACGGCUACUCCUAAGGUAGUUCCGCAAAAUACCAUUCGUGCCGAGUGGCGAAAUCAACAGAGGAUCACUACUUUUUAAUCACAACAAUCAAAAUGUUCGGAUUUCUAACCUGUUGAGAUAGAAUUAUGGGGGGUCUCUAAUUAAUCCUGUCGUCCAGGAGCGCGGCCGCAACAGGAUGGAGGUUUCGCUCAAGGUGAAGAGCCUUUUUGAAGCGAAUACAUACGCAACGCAGAUCGUGAUCACCAUCCCAGUCCCCAAGUGCACAGCACGCGUGAACGUGCAGACACUGACGAGCGGGAAAGCGAAGUACGAGCCAGAAGCAGGCAUCGUGUGGCGCAUGCGGCGGUUUUCCGGCAAUACUGAAAACACGCUGUCAGCAGAAGUCGAGCUUGCGUCGGAUCGCUAUGACUCAAAGCAUUGGGUACGACCGCCCAUUAGCAUGGAUUUCCAAGUCCCGAUGUUCACAGCGACAGGCCUCCGCGUACGCUUUUUGAGGGUGCAAGAAAAAAGUAACUACAGACCAGUAAAAUGGAUACGCUACAUCACGAAAGCAGGAAGUUAUCAGCACCGAAUAUGACAUGCUGCUCCUGGUAGCUUAUUAUGCGCAUACAAUUAUGAUCAACAGGGUGGAGGACUACUUCAACUUCUGCAUGCACUGUAAAAAGAGUCGGUGACAUGAAACUGUUUGUAAUAGCUUCGUUGCGGUGAUACAACUUUCGAAAUCAUGAGUCCUUUUUGUAUAAUAAGUACUUCUUCUACAACUCAGCAUGAUAGAUCAUGCAUGGAACACUUUUACAUGAUCAUCUUCAUGAUGCUUCGUGUCCUCGAUCCCCACAAUUCCACAUUCAUUCGCUUAUACUAGUCUUGGCACUCCUCCAAGUUGCAAGUAGAGCCUACCUGUGCAAGGGCAAGGGGGAACCGCAGACGCGCUAUAUAAGUAGAUAGCGCGUUGCAGUCGAGGAACAGAAGCUGUUGCAGUCUUUAUUCGAAGGCACACGAGCUUGAGAAAACUGAAAAAUCUCAAU